CGAACAAUUUUCCUAUCUUAAUUUUUGACAAAUGGUAAUAGGUGUCUGCCUUCAGAAUUCCGUCCGUCCAUAAUUAAAAUUAAGAUCUUUCACCACAAAACAGCUGAAAUAGAAAAAGUAGAAUUGCUCUUACAUGUCUUUCUAAAGAAAUGUAGUGUUAUGAUUACAAGUUAAAAAGUGAUAUGGCAUAGUGUUCAAAUACUUAUAGUGAUUAACUCGUCAAGAUGAGUGGGCGCUCAAAUCGGGGAGUAUUUGGGAAGCUUUUCUCCAAAAAGCAACACAAUAAAGAUGAUCGUGUUACUGAGAUAGGCAUGCCCACCAAUGUCAAGCGGCAUAUACACGUGAGUAAAAACUUGGAGACGGGUAUGUUGGAAGGUCUGCCCGCACCCUGGCUUCGUGUAUUAAAUGCUCAGAUCACACCAGCGGAGCAAAAUGAAAACCCUGAUGCGGCCAUCAAGGCCGUUAUAUUCCAUAUGUACCGUAUGGAGAGGGAGAAAGCAUUGGAUGAACCAUUCAAACCUUUUGUUACACCUGAAGCAAUUACCAAAGAGGAUUUGGAGAUGAAAAAGCUUGUAGACCACAAGAAUGCUCACCAAAGUCAAGAUUCAGAUCUAUCAAUUGGACAAAGUAGCGAAGAUGACGUUGUUCAAAUUGACUCAUUCCCACAAAGACAAACAAUGCCCGCUGCUCCCAUAAAACACAACCUUAAAAAGAAAGAACCACAAUUAGACCUAAGCGCAGUGUUGGAGGAUCUCACUCUAAUCGGAGGUGAGCCUGAGGAGAGUCCUAUAAUGAGGAAGAAGGAAAUCAAUUCUACAUUAACUGAUGAGGAAGUGUAUGAGGAAUUAAGAAGAAUUUGCAAUAAAGAUGACCCAUAUGUUAGGUUUGAGAGGGUGAAGGAUCUUGGUGCUGGUGCUUCAGGUGUCGUAUUCAUCGCCAUCGACAGCAAGGACAAUUCCAAAGUAGCUAUCAAAGACAUAGACUUGACCAAACAAUCCAAAAAGGAACUGAUACUCAAUGAAAUUAAUGUGUUGAAAGACUUCAACCACAAGAAUUUGGUGAAUUUCCUCGACGCCUUCCUGAGUUUUGACCAUCUCUGGGUAGCCAUGGAACUACUUGAUGGAGGCUCUCUCACUGACGUUGUCACAGAAGUGAUCAUGAAGGAAGGACAAAUAGCGGCUGUAUGCCGCGAGACGCUUCAAGCCAUAUCCUUUCUGCAUUCCAAAGGAACCAUACACAGGGAUAUAAAGUCGGACAACGUCCUGCUCGGCAUGGAUGGCUCUGUCAAAGUAACUGAUUUUGGGUUUUGCGCCAAUAUAGUUGGUGAUGAAAAGAGGCAGACAAUGGUCGGCACGCCAUAUUGGAUGGCCCCAGAGGUGGUAACAAGGAAGCAAUACGGAAAGAAGGUAGACAUAUGGUCUUUAGGCAUCAUGGCCAUAGAAAUGAUAGAAGGUGAACCACCGUACAUGAAGGAGACUCCCCUCAGAGCGUUGUACCUGAUAGCGGCGUUGGGUCGACCCAAAAUACCGAGGUGGGAGAAUCUGUCCCCCAAUUUUCAAGACUUCUUGGACAAGUGCCUGCAAGUGGAUGUGGACUUGAGGGCGACGGCGGACGAGCUUCUGGCCCAUCCGUUCCUAGAAUGCGCCAUGGAAUUGAAGACACUGACGCCGCUCAUCAAAGCGGCUCAGAAAAUACUUCACAAGAAUUAUGACUGAGUAUAGACUCUUCCAUUCCUGUUUUAACCAAUUUUGUAGCAGUUUGCAAUUUUGUUUAUAUCUAAUGAUAAGCGAAUGUUCAGGUGCCAAUUUUAUACGAAUAGAUAGAUUGUGAUGGUAUUUUCGCCAAAAAAUAUGUAAAACAUAACAAUAAGUGGUUGAUAAUAGACUGUGGAUACAGAAUAAUAAAAUUGUUGGAUAUAUAAUUAAUAAUUCUCAUAUAAGAACUCAUGGUCAACGAUUUGAGAAAUUUCAAUAAUAAAAAAAAAAAAAAACAAGACAAUAUUUUUAGCAAUAUGUGGACAAUUGACGUUAAAACAAUGCGUACGAUUUUUUUUUUCUUAUAUAUUUAUAAUUGUUUAUUUCACAAAACAGUAUGGUCGUGACAAGCUUUUGUCUUAUCAACACGCCAUAAAGAUUAAAUAACUUAUCUAUUUCUGAUAUAGAUAGAUAUUCAACAUCACGCUAAUACAUACGACAACUUCAAUUAUGACCUGUAAGACUAAACAUGACUAUGUCAUUUAUAUGUACAAUAUACUGCCAUAAUCUCCCUAAUUAUUGGGUAGAAAUAUUAAUUAAGUAAUUGGAAACUUGAAUUUUUGUGACUUAAAAAAAAUCUGUCCAUUAUUUUUGUAAAAAAUUAGCAGGCGCUUUUAAAACAUUACUUCGUUUAUACAAUAUAUUUAAAAAAAAAUAUUAGUAUUAUAACUGAGUAAACUAUAUUACUUUAUGACUAUACAUAUGAAUUCCUUUACAACUAAAUAUGUUUCGGUAUAAAUUCUAGAAAGUUCGACAAGUAUUUACUUUCUUUAUCUUGAACUAUGAAACCUGUUAUUUAGCACACAUAUUGAACGUCGGUGAAUGUAUUUGAUUAUUUUACCAAAAAUGUACAUAAUUAAAUUUUAACUAGUCUUAAUUAUUCAUCGAUGUCAAUGUAUCUAUCUACUGGCGAUGCAAAUUUUCUAAUCAUGCAUAUAUCCUAUCACAUCUACAAAUAGCUAUCAUACAUAGCAAUCUUUGAUAUAAAUCACAUUCCUUGAUAUCACGAAACAGAAAUGGUGUUAAGAAUAUUUUGAUACUACAAGCUUUUAUACAUUUAAAUAGAUACGGUAAGAUUAUUAUUAUAAGACUGUAUGUAACUAAUUGUAUUAUUGAAGGGGUAUUAAAAAUUAUACUCGACAGCCUACGAGAGUCCAUAGGAACCAUUAUUAGUUUGCCCUAUGCAAAUACUUCAAUAUUUUCAAAGUACAUAAUUUUGUUUUGAACAAAACAUAUAUAUAUAUAUAUAUAUAUAUAUAUAUAUAUAUAUAUAUAUAUAUAGUUUUGUAUUAGUAUGUAAAUAAGAAAUUUACAAAACCUAAAUUGCACGCACGCAGUUUUUUUUUAUUUAUUUUAAUUAAUAUUUUAGGCAAUGUAUUAAUGACUUACGAUUAUCAGUCUAGCGUUCGAAAUACGAAACUGGUUUUCCAACUACCGAGCAAUCAAAUCAUAACGCUCUAGAGACAUCAAGUAAAUAUGAUAAGAGAAAACAACGUAAUGUCACGUGUUUAGAAAUAUAAAACUACACAAUAGGCAGAUUGAGACUGCGAAGACGCAGGACUACUGCCCUGAUAGUGUUGUAUUUGCAAACGACACAUAGCGGCAAAACACUCGAAUUGGUAUAAGCAAGGUCGCGAUUCUAUCGUUAUCCUACUGUUGUAUGCAAACAGCUUCAAUCACCUAUAUGAAGCAUUAUUCAAAUAAUAUAACACGUCUGAUGAAUUUACGUCAUUCCUAUAUGGUAAUAUGUGUUAUCUUCGACAUGUGAUAUUGGUAGAAGUUUUGUAUAAAUUAAAUACUGGGAUCGAUUCUGAGAAUAUGUACAAAAAUUUUAUGUAAAGUACUUUUAACUCAAUACUAUUAUAAGUUUAUUUUUUCUAAUGUAUAGAAUAAUAAAUUCGAUGUUGAUAUUGUUAUUUUUAGAGAUCGAACAUAGUGCUUCAGAAUCGACUUCGCCGUAGGUAUACCUAUUAAUACCGUGAACGCUGACAUGUGUACGUUGUUUUAGCCAAAAAGAAGAUACCGAUGAAGUUUUAUAAGAGGCAUAUCUCUUCGAGAUUGGCAACGCUUAAAUAGUAUGAGUAGCACAAUAUAUAAUUUCCAUAACAUUCUUAAUGGUUAAACACCACGUCGUAUAGCGUUAAAGAAAAAAACAGUAAAUCCUGCGUCGUGCAUCAUCUAUACCAUUAAAUUUAUCUAUAAGGGGUGGGAAUUAAAUACAGUACCUAGUAUUUUUCAUAAAAUAUAGAAUGCUAGUUAAUAUUUAAGUUUUAUUUGGGCAUUUAUUGAAUAUUCUCCACCGCGAGUGCCUGUGCUUGGUGAAGCGAUUUAUAGAUAUAUCUAGUUUAUAAUUUGCAAACGCAACGAAAAAUAAUGUAAAUGUAUUGAAUAUUUGCUAUUCUGCUAUAUCUAGUUGGUAAGUUUAUAUACAACAAUGACACUUUUUGAUCAUUUUAUUAUUAUAGAUUUGCCUAUUAUUAAAUUAUUUUUGUAAACUUUAA